AUGGAUACUCUAAAGCUUUACGAUUAUGGCAAAGUUUUAUUCAAGAUCGCAAAUUUUGUAGUUAUUAGUAGAUAUAUUUUUAAAAAAUCAAAAAUACUUGGUUUUAUAGUCCAAUUCGCUGCGGUAUUGCUAUUCUUUUUAAGAAAAUUUAUACAGUUACAAUUUCUUCCUAUUUCUUUUUCUUUCAUUUUGAACGAAUCUCUGGCUACUUAUAAUGAUUAUUAUACUGAUAAGUACUGUGAUUUAUUCAGGAAACUUGGUCUUGAGUUUAAUGUGGAAUACGACAGAUCUAAGCACUGGAAGGUCCAUGAAAUAAGAGAAUUGGUUAACGAAGUAUACUCGGUGUACGCAGCAUUGUACGUAUCCAUUAACAUAUACAAGUCGAAACUAACUCCAGAGGGUUUAAACUUUUAUAAUCACCUGAGGAAAUUAGUGGUUCUAUUUUCAAAUGUAGGUGUAAAAGCGACGAAUUUAGACCUAAAAAACUUAGCACACAUAGAAAUAUACAAUGACAUUUUAAAUUCCGGGAAGGAUUCAACUAAUAAAGAUACGCAAUGGAAGUUGACCUGGGAUUUGCCUCCAGAUAGCGUUAGUUUACUGAGCCUUCUGCACUCUGAGAAUGAGUGGUACGUGAAUGACCAUCACAUUACACAAAUUCUUCUCGACUUUCACGAUUUGGAGUUCUUUGAGAAGGUAGUAUCGUACUGUAACACGCUGUACAAUGUUACAAGCGUGUUAAAGAGAGAGGGGUACAGGGAGCACUCGAGAGGGUGGCUGGCCCACCUAGUGAGAAAGCCGAACUACGUGUUCGGAAAUCUGCACUUCAUGAGGUCGCUGAUGAUGUACAAGCACAAGGGAGUGAACAUUAUGGUGGAAGUGAACGACUUCCGCCCAGGGCUAAUAGAUACAUUAUUCAUCCCGGAUAGGAACAUGAUCACAAAUCUAGAGCUUAGUAGAAGUAAAAUAGAAGUGCCAAUAACAAAUAAGAGUGAAAAGGGCUACCUGUUCUCAAUGUUGUACGGCUCAGACGUAUACCUGAGAUUGUUGCAAAACUACAGGUAUGCAAGAAGGAUAGUGAUAAACGCGAAUCCGAACGGGACCUGCUACGAGUUCACGGAAAUGUACCCAUCGGAUAUAAAGCUGCACGUGGACCAAGGAAGAGCGUUUCUGCUGUUCAACUACCCCUCGGUAGGGUACUCGAAAGGGAACCCGGAAAUAUUGGAAAUGACGAAGAAGUGUAACUACCUGGUUAACUAUUUGAGUGACCACUUCAGCGAGGCAUCGCAGUCGAUGGGAAGUCAUCUGCACAUGUACGACUACAGAAUUACACCCAGGAGGAACCUGACGGUAAGCUUCCACGGAACCAGUCUGGGAGGACUGUUCACACUGAGGAUGUUCAGAAGCAUGAAGGCGACCGCCGAACAUGAGUUUAUGAUAUUCCACAAGACAAUAGGGGACCUGAAGAGACUGUCAAUGAACUUCGUGUCAGACGCGGUGGGACCGGUGCUCAAGUUUUUCCACCUGGACCACAACUGCGCGGAGGACUAUCUGGAAGUGAAGACGGAGAAAAUCAUGAUCGUGGACGUGUUCGACGAGAUCAUACCGCUGAGCUGCAGCCUGGUAAACAGCGUCGCAAGGACGCAGGAGGUGGCGGGCGUGGGAAAGCUGGCGAAAUCAUUCAUGGACUACAAGUACAAGACGCUUCAGCUGCUUAGUGACCAGAUAAGUAGCACAAACAGGUUCGGGUCGAUGAGUAGCAUCGGAAGCAAUGCCAGCAAGGGAAGGACCACGUACGACGAGAUGGUCACGAGGAUAAAGCUGGUGAAGGAGAUGCUGUCAGUGGUUGGGAAAAACAUUAACGCGACCGGCCAGAGUCUGCUGAACCUGUUGGAGAAGGAGGCGAAAAGUUUAGUGAAGGAGGACGUGGAGAAGACCAGCGAGUACUUCACGAGGCUGACGCUGUACGGAAGCAUUCCGCCAAACUGUAUGCCGAAGGCGAAAGUGACGGAAAACACACUGGCCAACAUGUACAGCGUGCUGGAAAGGCUGAGCUUAAAAACAAAUUACUUUACUCUAUACAAAAGCGGUAGCAGCAGGGGUCACGUUGGAGGCGGUGACACUGAAGGCGAUAAUGCAAACACCGGUGGCAAUAACGCCGGUAAUAGGAGUGACGGCAAUAAUAGCAGCUGUGGCAGUGGUUCUAGCGUAAGCGACAGCGGUAUUGGUGGCAGCAACGGCACUAGCCCUGGUAACAGUUCUAAUGGCAAUGGCAACAACGGUGAAGCCAACACCAGCGAUAACCUCAGCAAUAAUCGUAACGACAUCGAAAGUAGCGUUGAUGAUGAAUACAACGGCAAUAAUGGCUUUGCCGAGAACAAUGGCGAUAACUCGACAACCUCAAACUCGAAUAAUAGCAGCGCCAAUGGCUCAGUUGACCGGCAGAGAGAGGAGGAAGAUAACUCUGGGCUGGUGAAAAUACCGCCCAAGGUAGCAGUGUACCUGAGCCUACUGCUGGACGAAGUGGACGUGGUCCUGUUCAAGGAGGGGGAGUACUACAUGGACCUUAAGUCCGUGGGAACUAAAAAGCUGGCCAACCAGCACCUCGUCGAGCACAUCAAAAACGACCUGAGGAACUUUGGGCUCUCAGCAAGCAGGUACAAGCUGCUGCCAAUAAAGCUGCUGGCGUACCUGAAGCUGUACGCACUCUUCAACGCACUGAACUCCCUGGCGCUGAUCAAUGACCUGUUCACCAGACACAACUACCCGCUGAGGCCAGAAACUGUGGCAGAGGGUGAGCCGGAUGAAGUCCAGGACCUGUACGCACUGGCCAGGAAGGUGCUAUUCAGCCUCGUCCAGGUGCUGAUCGAGGAGCCGUUCGGAGACGACGGGGCGUUCCGCUACCACGCCAGGGACAACCAGAAGCUGUUUGCGGACCAUUUGGAGAGGGUGAAGCAUGAGUACAAAAAGCUCGGAGUGGCGAUUCCGCAGUUUGUCGGCCACUGCCUGGCGAACUCACACCUGGACAACAUCCUGCUCAACUACCUGGUCAGGAACAUCUAG